GACGCCUGAUGCUUUAGUUGGUGACGGACGACGACGUCGGGUCCGAGGAGAGAUGUGUUCGCUAUGGUUUUUCAGCGCCGUAGGAGCGUAAUCUGGAAGCUGGUUCGCCCAAAUUGCGUCGCAGCGGAGCACUUCACGGGCUUCGCAUGUGAAUGAAAUCGACCCGACGAGGCCGCAAGGCUUGACAACAACAUCAGCCGCCGUCGACUACCAACAGCCAAGGAGGUGCCAGGAUGAGCAGCAGCAGCACGGUGACGCCCCCUGGCGUCACGGGUGGGCUGAGCACGGCGGCCAGCGUGGCGAGCUCGUCGGUGCUCCCCGUGGUGCUGGCCACGGCCAACAUUACGGCCGAGAACGCCAGCCAGGUGUUGGAGGACCUGCCGCCCACCUUUCUGCAGACGACCGGGGCCCAGGCCCUGUCCGGGGCCUUCGUCUGGACCGCACUCAUCAUCACCUGCCACCAGAUCUACCAACACCUGCGGUUCUACACGUUGCCGACAGAGCAGCGCUGGAUUGUACGGAUACUGUUCAUAGUGCCCAUCUACGCGUUCGACUCGUGGCUUAGUCUGCUCUUCUUCCGCGAGAACUACUACAUCUACUUCAACAGCGUUCGCGACUGGUACGAAGCUUUUGUGAUCUACAACUUCCUGAGCCUCUGUUACGAGUACCUGGGAGGCGAAAGCAACAUCAUGUCCGAGAUCCGGGGGAAGCCAAUACAACAAAGCUUCUGGUAUGGCACAUGCUGCCUUUCAGGAAAAACGUAUACCAUUGGCUUUCUGCGAUUCUGCAAACAGGCGACCCUGCAAUUCUGUGCAGUAAAACCGCUCAUGUCUGUGAUCACGCUGAUUCUACAGCCCUUCGGGAAGUACUCCGAUGGAGACUGGAGGCCAGACAGUGGCUAUCUGUACAUCACGAUAAUCUACAACAUCAGCGUGUCACUGGCGCUGUACGGCAUGGUGCUGUUCUACUUUGCCACCAAGGACCUGCUGGCACCCUUUGACCCCGUGUGGAAGUUCUGCACCGUCAAGUCGGUCAUCUUCCUCUCUUUCUGGCAAGGGGUCUUGCUGGCAGUGCUGGAGAAAGCGGGGCUCAUCUCUGCCAUCAACGCCAGCGGCAUGGCCAACACGGCUGCGGCGAGCGCCGGCACCGUGUCGGCCGCCUACCAGAACUUCCUCAUUUGCAUUGAGAUGUUCUUUGCCUCGCUGGCGCUCAAGUACGCCUUCCCUUAUCGUGUCUACGUGCAGGGAUGCCGCGCUGAUGCGCAGGGCCGGUCGGUCACCAUGCAGAGCAUCUCUUCUAGCCUCAAGGAAACGAUGAACCCGAAGGACAUAAUGAACGACGCCAUCCACAACUUCCACCCGCAGUACCAGCAGUACACGCAGUACGCGGCCCCGCCCAAUCGCCACCACCACCUCGCCCGCGGUGGCGGAGGGGGCGGCAACAACGACGACUCGCUCCACGGCGGAGGGGCGAGGGCCACGCACUCGACCAGCGCUGCUCCGUCGGCCAACGGAGGCCGGCCACCCACGCGGGGCCGUAACCCGGCCUACAACGAGAAGACCACCCUCCUUAGCUCCGACGACGAGUUCCAGUGAGUUGACGACGGUGAUCGCGACAAACGACAAGCCAGUGCUGCUUCGUCUCCCGCCACUCCCCCCCACUUCUCGGCAUACGCACGCACACGUGCAGCCAGUGAUUCCUGCUGGCUCACUGAUCUGAUUUCUCUCAUUGUUUUCACCCACACUCUCGGUUCUCGGCGUUUCUCGCUUGGUGUCCGCUGUUUGUGGUCUGGGUGUUUUGAAAUGCUUUCUUCUUCUUCCACAUUAGGUUGACUGAGGAAACGAGUUGAUUCCUUCAUAGCGACUGUUUGGUGAAGAAUAGGCUAGCUCGUUGAAGGCAUCUAACGAGGCAGUCUUGGUUUUUUUUAAAAGCCCGCUCAAUUUUCAUAGAGGAAAGCAUUCGGGAGCGAACGAAGCCCACUGUGCUCCAGACAGCACUGAAAAAUUUCACGUCCAAGGACUUGUGAGAAGCAAGGAACACGGCACGGAAUGAGGGCAUUCCAGGUUUUUUACACGUCUUCUCCCAGUAUUUUGAUGGUCACAUUUUGACCAUCUCUUUUUUGCCUUAACAGCCAGGGUUUGCAAAAAAAGCAACGUUGGGCGUCCCACAUGUCAUUUAGUCACCUCACAUGUUAGGUUCACAACGAGAAUGCGUGUGCAGUGUUAAAGAAACAUUUUUUUAUAACUCAACUACGUGUGUUGUCAACCCGCACUGACCAGUUUAGUCAAGAAGCAGUGCCGGCGCCCCGGCCGAAAGUUGAGGUUUCCCAUAAAUGACGAAAGAUUUAAGGAUGAGCGGGCGAAAUUUUUUUAUUUGGGUUCAAGCGAAUCUCAGUCUUGUGUCAAGAUCGUUCGUUUGUUUCUGUGCAAUAACCAGUUGUCACAGGUAAUUUGCAUACGGUGCGUGUAAAGCUUAGUCACUAAAGAAUAUGCUGUACAGCUGCUUGCAUAUUCUCGCUGAAUAGUUGCUGUUUGUAGUCCUCUCGGAGCAUGGCGAGAGAAACUGCAAGAUGACUUGGUAAAAAAGAAGAAUCAGACUAUCACCGCAGCCGCCAACGCAUCAUGUUGAUGCCAACUUGCGCUCAAUUUGCAACAGAUCAUUGCCUUUCUUAGGGCUGCGUCGCAAACUUUUUAGUUACUUUUGUGAUGGCUUAAAAAGCCGAGUGUAACACCCAUUCUCUCCCUUCUCACACUCACAGUAACAAAAACCAUGUCUGAGCCACACAA